CGUUCAGGAGAUAUGGGCACAGAGGAUUACAGCCAGAGUUUCAUGUCCAUCACAUCGCCAAACUCGUCGUAUGGCCCUCUCACGCCCUCGGCUUUUUCUGAUUAUGAGGGCCAUUCCAGCUUGUCCGCCAGGGAGGUAAUCGGCAACGAGCUCCCCAACCAGUGGUCUCCAUUUUGGUCAGCGACUUCUCCGUUAUUCGACACCGACGCUAAUAUCCUGCCGCCCGGAGACGCUCUUGCUAGCCGUAGCCACAGCCCCAUCCCGAGUUCAUCAUCACUGGAUAUCCAGCCUUUUCAGGAUUCGCAGUCUUCAGCAACAGCCCUGCCGUACGACGGAUCAUCGGACCUUUUGAGGAGACAAAAGAGCAAUUCUCUAUCCCCAGAGGGACCUAUUGGCGGCCAAUUUCCUCUGCAUUUAGCCGCAAGGGGUGGGUAUAUAGGAACCAUAAGCCUCCUGAUUAGCAGAGGAGCUAGGCUAGACAUUAAAGACACAUAUGGGCGAACUGCGCUGCACUAUGCUGCUGAGGCUGGUCAAUUCGAGGCCGUGAGCAUGCUGCUCUCCCUGGGAGCGAACCCGUUUCUGGCGGACGGCGAGGGAUGUAGUAGCUUGCACGUAGCUGCUAGUAAGGGGCGAGAAGACAUAGUUCGGGUGUUGAUGGAGCGAGGGAUGGAUCCAAAUCUUGGAGUCGGCAGUGACAUUGAGGCAUCCUGA